AUGGACAUCUCACAUCGACGCCCUCUAGACCGAUCAGGCUUUGAAAUCGCCAUCAUUUGUGCAUUACCCCUUGAAACCCAUGCUGUUCUAUGCUCUUUGGAUGAGAUAUGGUACGAGGCUGGCCAGCACUACCGCAAAGCGGCAGGAGACUGCAACGCAUACGAUUACGGGAGAAUCGGAGUCCACAGUGUUGUCGUCCUGACACUGGGUGGCAUGGGGAAAGUCAAAGCGUCUACCGCUGCUCAAUCCUUGAGAAUGAGCUUUAGCUCUAUCAAGCUUGCUCUGCUCGUUGGGAUCUGCGGCGGAGUCCCCUUUAAAAGUGAUCGCAGCGAGAUUAUCCUUGGCGAUGUCAUUCUGAGUGAAAGUAUCGUGGAGUUCGACUUUGGCCGACGCUACCAUGGCAAUUUCAUAUCCAAAAAUACCAUUCUGGAUGUUCAUGGUCGACCUAAUGAGGAGGUUCUGGGGCUCCUGCAGCGUUGGAAGGUUCCUUCCCUUCUAGUUCACCUGCGGGAAAGAUCCUGGGAACAUUUGAAAAGCCUCCUAAAGCAUCCGCUUGUUCAAACGGUCUAUCCUGGCCAGGAAGAGGAUAAGCUCUUCCCAGCCUACUAUAUCCACCGACAUCAUAGUCACUGCGUUGACUGCGACGCCAUCGGUUCUGGAUGUGGCAUAGCCAUGGAGGCGUCUUGUGUCGAUCUUCAGUGCGAAGAAAGACGUCUAGUUCCUCGUCGUCGCUUGAACGCGGAACUAUUACCAGAACACGGCUUGCCUAUCCCUUCGAUACACUUCGGAACAAUCGGUACUUCGGACAGCGUCAUGAAGUCCGCGCAAGAUCGCGACGAAUAUGCACAGUCGCGGGGCAUCGUCGCGUUUGAAAUGGAGGGUGCUGGUGUCUGGAAUAAAUUCAACAGCUUGAUCAUAAAGGGAGUAUGCGACUACUCGGACAGCCACAAGAGCAAAAAGUGGCAGCACUACGCCGCGGCCGUCGCUGCAUCAGUGGCGAAGGAGGUGUUGAGCCACUUGCAACCUUCACCUCACUCUUCGCGCUUAUUCUCAUCUCAAGCUGUAUCUGAAGAGUCUACUGGAAGUCCGGCUUCAUUGCCAUGUGAUAUGUUUGAACAGGCUCUGAGAGACUUUGAAGAACAAUUUUCGAGUGAACAAGUCAACACUUUCAAGUCUACUACAUUCAGUUCCCUAACAAAGCAGCUGAAGAAAGUCCAAGAAGAGAAACAAAAAACGAAGUCGUUGCGAAACUUCAGACGAAUGGAGCAAUUUCUUGUUUUCGUGAAACAAUUUGAGCAGAUUACCAAAGAUCGUCAAGAAUGGCUAGAUGCACUACUGUCUACUUACGACAAGCUCGGUAGGGAUCUGCCUAUCUUUGCACACCAUCGCGACGCUAUCGAGGACGACCUAGCUCAACAGCGGCUCCUUGUAUUGCUAUUCAGAGAUAUUCUGGAUAUCCAAUCAAGGUUGGUCAAGCUCUUCUCAGGCAACGCAUUGGCUGAUGUUUUCAAACCAUUUAUCAACGACUUCCAUCGCAGAUUUGAGCACAUUCGAUCCCAGAUUCGGGCCCAUCGACGUCUUAUCGAGGACAAAGCGGACAGUAUGGCAAUUCAUGCCCACAUCAAAGAUAUGGAGAAGGGUACCUUUGACUUUAACGAAAGAGAAGUUGAAAAGCAAGGACAACGGUUCAACGAAAUCCGCGACUGGCUUCCAGGAAUUGACGUCGAAGUAGACCAUUACAGCUUCUAUCACGAUCCGAGCCGUUCCUACAGUAGAGGAGACUGGGUUCUAGAAACAGGGCAAGUGAAGAAGUGGUUGUCCAUGGAGCCCAGUCAGCUACCCCAAUCUAUGUUAUGGAUCAAUGGGCGACCGGGUGCAGGAAAAACAUACCUGGCGUCUACCAUCAUCGAAACUUGCACAGAGACCAAUGCCUGGGUGACUGCCUACUUUUACUGCAAAGAAUUGGACGAGAGUCGUAAUACAGCCAUUGCGAUUUUUCGAACCCUCCUUUUGCAGCUUGUCAGACGACAGCCUGAGCUGAUCCCGUACUGCCACCACAUGUUGAAGACCUCAGAUAGCCCCGUCCUAUCGGCCUUUUCCAAGGCGAAGACCGUGCUUAAUGUGUUCUGCGAAAGAGCUCGCCAUCUACGCGUCGUUAUAGAUGGAAUUGACGAGAGCGCACCGGCGGAACGCAAGCUUCUGCUUGACACACUCAGAGACAUGUGCCGAAAUUUUGAUCAAAGGGCACCUGGGACUUUUCGCGUCCUCAUUCUCAGUCGACCUAUACCGGAGAUCAAGUGUGUUCUUCAGUUUGCAGAUGUUCUAAAUCUAAAUGCAGAGCACAACCGAGACGACAUCCAGAAAUAUUGCCAACGCAGAUUGGGAGAGCUAGAAAAGUUUCAACUCGACGAUAAAACUCUUCAGGAUGUUGCACACAUGGUUUCUAGCAGGGCGGAUGGCAUAUUUUUAUUUGCAAAACUGGUCAUGGGCAAUCUAGCAGCGCAGCCAAAUCGAUACCGAUUCAACGCCGAAAUUACAAGUACGAAUGUGCCAAACCAACUUAAAGAUGCGUAUAACCGGAUCAUGGAGCGCCUGAAAGCAGAUCUCAGCUUCGAACAAUUCUCAUACACGCGGCUACUCCUUGGCUGGCUCGCCUGUUCAAAACGACCCUUCAAAUGGACAGAAAUCCAAAUCGCAUUAUGCGUAGACCUUGAUGGGUGGGAGACGACUCGUGAGCUGAACAUGGAUCUCAUGUUGCGGGACGAUGUGCAGAAGAUAUGCGGCUCCCUUGUCCAAAUACUGGAUGGAGACCGUGUUGAGUUCGUCCACAGCACUGCCAGAGAGUAUAAUGUUCCCUAUACGUGCCUGGUAAAGUACUUGACAUGCUCACUGUUCUUUAGGUACAUAUCAGAGCAAAGCGAAAUUAGUAUCGCCGCAGUUGAAUGUGAUCUUGCCAUCCGUUGUCUACGCUACCUUACGCUCGAUAUUUUUGAUCUUGAUAUAGCGGACGUGGAUCUCCGCCAUUAUGCGCUUAGAGGCGACCUUGGAUUUCAAGACUACGCGAUAUCAGCAUGGUUUAUGCAUGUCAAGCAACUGAUCGAGGGAAAGGACGAUUUUCUGGCCGACGAUAAGCUCGUCACAAUGCUCACUCACAUCAUGGAUGGUUUUGUACAAUUCUAUCCAGACACCUUUGGUCCCGUUUCCAUGUCGGACAAUUCCUACCAUGACUGCAGAGCAUUUCGAUACUACCCGUUCUAUGAGAGCCUGGUCAGAGUCUGGAGUCAUAUCAUCUCUGAACAAAGGAAGGAUAUAGUUUCUCGAAACAAUGUCAGCAUUGCCUUGCUUGGGCAAACCUUGCUACGAAACCGCCAACUACUCGAGUCGAUGGCCAUGGAGGAAGAGACGGAUCUUGCCAUGCAAUACGGCCUGAACAUCUUCCGCUGCUCGAAACUCCUGUGCUUUUACUUCCACGAAGGCUUCAAAAGUGCCGUCAGCCGGGAUAACCAUGUCAACAGCCAUGAGCGCCCCCAUCAUUGUACGGUGGAGAACUGCAGUACGGGUGGGAUGGGCUUUGUCUCUAAGACAGCGUUAACGCAGCACAUGAGAGGUUUCCAUCCGGACGAAUGCGAUCUCAGCGACUCCUUUGCUCCCGUGAACCGGCGGACAGUGACUGGGACGCAAUGGAAAUGUCCCGACUGCCACAAAAGCUUUACCCGGAGGAGUAUUUUGGUAGAGCAUCAGCGAACACAUACAGGGGAGAAACCGUUCAACUGUUCUUUCUGCGGCAGAAGAUUCGCCAGGAAAAAUGAUGUGAGAAGACAUGAGCAGACCGUAUGUGCCAUAAGUGAAUGA